CUCCGCGCGCGCUGGGGGGUGCUCUCUGCGGCUGCGCGCCUCUCGAAGCGUCGGAGCAACGGCCGGCGCCCCCUUCCCACGCUGGACGCUCGUUCGCCCGCCCAGACCCGUCUACUCAUCACGCGCGCCGCGGUCGUGGAGGUUCGCUGGCCCGCGCUCUAUUGCCAGCUGGCGAACGCACCCGGAGCUGUGAAUGGACUCUGAAUAUCUCAAGAGAUGCCUAGGAAUAUGCUUGGCAAAGGGACUUGCAGAAGUGGUAGAGCAUCGGCCCAUAGACCCAAUAGAGUACCUGGCAUACUGGAUUUACAAAUACAGGAGAAAUUUAGAUGAAGAACAAGAGAGGAAGCAGGAGAGGGCUGAACUGGAGCAAGAGCGUGAGGAGGCCCUGAAAGAACUGGAAAUGUUAGAAAAAAUGAAGGAGGAAGAACUCACGAUCCAGCAGAAACUUGCAGAGGAGCAGCAGGCUCAGCUGGAACAAGAACGUGAGGAGGCUCAGCUGGAAGUAGAAAGGGUAGAGAAAAAGAAAGCAGAAGAGCUGUCCUUGCAGCAAAAAGCUGAAGAGGAACUGGAGGAUAAAUCAAGGACAUUAGCUGAGCUUACAGAUAAAUAUGGAGCCCCUAAUUUGACCCGAGUUGAGGAGAUAGAUGAGAGCGGGCAAUCUGAUGCUGCAAUGAAUAUCACGGCUGAAUCAGAGGAAGAAAACCCAACUGAUACAAAAGUCGAUUCCUGAAGUUUAGUGACUUACUGUAAUUGUGUAUUUAAUAUAUGGAAUGAAUUUAUCAAUGAUACCUGGGGGUUUGAGAGUUAGAUAAAAUGUUUUAAGGCAGCUAAUUUAAGGCAAAUAUCAUAAAAAUAAAAAUCAUUCAAAUUCUGGGAAAAACUGAUUUGACUUGCUACUGAUUACUAAUUCAUUAGUGUUCUGUGCAUCAGGUUGUAAAUACUGUACCUAGAUUCAGUGGAACCAGGAGAGACAAUUAAUCUCUUCUACAGAUGAUACACUGAAUUCCAUGUAGUUCACUAGAUAAGAUACUUUCAGAGAAGUAUCCCAAAUCCUAAUAUCCUGACUGGCCUUCAUGAAUAUUAAAUAUUAAAGCUCUAGAAGUAACCUUAGGGAUUCAUCCUGAUGUCAUUGUCCAAAAAUUCUCCUCUUCUCAUUUAUUAGAUCGGUUACCGCUUCCAUCCAGAACUAGUUGCAUUUCAUUAGUGGAAGAAGUGAUUCCUGUACGUACACUGUUUAUAAUAAAGGUCUUGAUCUGAGUUCUCUAGGAUCAAUAGGAUUACUCAUGUAUUGAAAAUUUUACACAUGCUUAAGUGCUUUGCUGUAUGUGGGCUACAAUGCUCAGUACCUUGCAGGAUAGAGUCCAAAAUGCUUUCAAAUGAAAGGUGUUAUCUGAUGAAUUCUUGUUAGUAAUGGGCAAACCUCAAAAGGUUUUGAAGUUCACUUCAAAUAGGCAUCAGAUAAUCAUCAUAUCUGAAUUUAGCCUGAUUUCCUGACCAAAGAGAUUUCCUUUUUCUUGUGAGAUUUCCAAAAUUCUCUGGUUUUCUCCUGGGCAAAAAUUCCACAAUUACGGUAUUUUUUUCUUUAUUUCAUUACGUAUGUUCCCAAUUGAACCCAGGAAGAGCAGAUAUGUCUAUUUAUAAAAAACACAAACUAUAAAACCUUUAAAAAAUCCAAAUUUGUUUUGAGUUUGAGCUGGAUAUUGAUUGUUCAAGUUUUAUUCAAAUGGCUUCUUCUGUUCUUAAUCAGAUUACUUUUAACAAGGAAAUGAUGGUGCUUUGUUGCUGAUUGUCAAGAGUGUUAACUUGCCUGCUCUAAAUAGACACUUGUCUGGAAAAGACAUCAGAAUUCAGAAACUGGAUGACUCUUGGUUAUAAAAUAAAAAGGUUUCUUUCCA